AUGGGGAGAAAUUUAUACACAAAUGAAAAAGUCGCUAUUAAGCUCGAAUCUCUCAAGACCAAAUCGUUGCAAUUGAUUUUUGAAAACUAUUUUUACCACGCCCUCGGCGCUAAAGAAGGUUUACCAGAAGUCUACUAUUUCGGUACUAUUGGACUAGAGUAUUCAGCUUUAGUGAUGGAAUUAUUAGGUCCAUCUCUAGAAACACUUUUUCAAUUUUGUGGGAAAAUAUUUUCCUUAAAAACCGUACUGAUGAUUGCUAUUCAAAUCAUAUCCAGAAUCGAGUAUAUACACAGUCGUAAUUUAGUUUACAGAGAUAUAAAACCUGAAAAUUUUUUAGUUGGGCUACAAGAACAACUCUUCCCUUAUCGGAAGGCGACAAACAACACAAUUUACAUUAUUGACUUUGGUCUAGCUAACACAUACAUAAAUCCGGAAACUAAAACUCACAUUCCAUUUAGUGAACAAAUUGGGCUCAUAGGAACACCUAGAUACAUGAGCGCCAACGCUCAUAAGCAAAGACAACAAAGUCGCAGGGACGACUUAGAAUCAAUCGGUUAUAUGCUACUUUAUUUUGUCAAAGGAGAAUUGCCUUGGUCUGAACUCGAGACAACCAAAGAAGACAUAGACGCAAUAGGAAAAAUUAAAACUAAAAUUUCUGCAGAAAAAUUAUGCAAAGAUUUGCCGGAAGAAUUUGCUGAUUACUUUCGAGCUGUCAGAAAACUCGAAUUUAUGGAAUCACCAGAUUAUGAUGCUUUGAAAUUUCUCUUUGAAACUGUUUAUGAACUUAACAGGUUUCCAGACGACGGUUUGUUCGAUUGGUCGACAACGUGGAUUCAAUAG